ACUUGGAGAAAUUUUUGUUUCGGCAUCGCAACAAUCGAGCUUCCUUCUUGGACUCUUCAGCGGUUUCCUCAACCGCUGGCUCUGCAGCCGCAGAGCUUCGCCGCCAUGAAUCAAAUUCCGCCCUGCCAGCUUCGGCUGCUUCAGCAGCCCAGCGAUCGUCACCAGCAGACAGGCCAAUAUCUUUCCUUGCCCCAGACCCCGAUGGCUUCGCCUCACCCGCAGCUUAUCGCGCCUGCUCCCGCGCCUGCUCCCGCACCUGAACGUCUUCCUCCUCCGCCUGGCAUGAAGUCUUCUUCCGGCUCCGACAGUGCCACGCUUGCUUGCGCGGGUGACGCCAGGAGCACCGUUACUUCGGUGGAGAAGGCUACUAGCAGGUUUCAUCACCCUGGCUCCAUCAAGACGUAUUCGCGGGCAACGAAGCUUCGUCGCCUGCGUCAUUGCCAUAUCACGACCUCGUAUCAGGCGAAGCACUACGAGCCUCGCUUCCUACGCCGUUUGACACGGGCCGCCUUCACUAGCUACAGGUGCGCGCUGUGUCGCGAUAUCUUCUCACGAGAGGACAUUCUCAAGCGUCACUUCCAGAAGUGCUCCAUUCGCCGAGGUUACCCGACUGGUGUUAGUCACUUGUCUUACCCUCAGGCUCCUAUCAAGGAAGGCGCUGCUGCGCCGAAGGUGGCUCUUGGUCAAAAGGCCAUCCAGCAAUGGCUCUACAGUCUGGAUGGUGUCUACGAAUGACACGGCAGAGUAGUUCGGACGAUGCCUGUCUCGUACGGGACGAACAGCCUUGCAGAAAACGAUCAGAGCCAGUCGUCGUGCGUCAUCAGCUUGAUUAGGCUUGGAAACGACGGUUAACAAGAUACAUGGUGUUUGAGAGGAUCUCUCAUGGAUACUUCAGGCAGUAGUAACGACUUCGGUCGAGCAUGAAACGUCAGCGCUCCUAGAUCCGCAAUGCCCCAUGUAAGUCAGCAGGGAGAGCCUCUUCUGGCGGCGGCGGUGGUGGAGGAUCAAGCACAAGUUCUGCUUAAUUGAAUGUCGACACAAGAAGCGAAAGCGUCGAGCUCUGAACUCCGGCGAAUCGCUCCGAGACCAUUCAAACGUUUUGGCGCCUUAUUUUACUCGUCUUCGAUCUCUUUGCAAGGCUCCCAGGAAAGACUUGUGGUAG